AUGCAAUUGAAGAAGAUCAAACUGGAAACUAUGGUGAAACAAAUAUGUACUCAUAAUGGAUCCUUCCACGCGGACGAAUCUUUAGCAGUGUAUAUGCUGCGCUUGCUCCCAGAAUUCAAAGACGCUAAAGUUGUCAGGUCUAGAACCCCAUCCGACUGGGAGGAAAGCGACAUUGUUGUUGACGUUUCUGCUCAGUACGAUGGUGUGAAGUAUUUUGACCAUCAUCAGCGCGAAUUCACGGAAACUUUUUCCGACAAAUACAAGACAAAGCUAUCCUCUGCUGGCCUCGUGUACAAGCAUUACGGGCGCGACAUCAUCAAGUGUAUUCUUGACGGUGCAGUGACUUCUGAUGCCGAUUUGGAGGUGCUUUACCAGAGAGUGUACGAGAAGUUUGUCGAGGCUCUAGAUGCCAACGACAAUGGGAUCAACAAGUACGACGUUGAAGAAUUGGGCGUCCAACCCAAAUUCAAUGACAACGCCAUUUCUAUCCCGGGGAUAAUAUCCGGGUUCAACCCUAACUGGAACGAGGACUCCUCAGCGGAAGCCUUCGACAGAGGUUUCUUCAAAGCAAGCGAUUUCAUUGGUAAAAUCUUCGUCGACCUUGUUACUGGGUACGGUAAAGCGUGGUUGCCAGCUAAAACUUUGGUGAGAAAGGCCAUCGAUGGUAGAAUGGACGUUGACAAAUCCGGUAAGAUCAUCCUCUUCGACCAGUUUUGCCCCUGGAAGGAGCAUCUGUACAACGUCGAAAAGGAACUGAAUUUGGAAGGUGUCAUUGAGUUUGUCAUUUUCCAGGAUUCCAUGGGUUCAUGGAGAGUGGCCACUGUCCCAGUCUCCUCCACCUCUUUCAAAUUUAGAAGGGGUCUGCCAGAGCCUCUAAGAGGCUUAAGAGACGCCGAACUGAGUGAAAAAUCUGGUGUCCCCGAUUGUAUUUUCAUUCACGCUGCAGGAUUCAUUGGUGGUGCCAAGCAGAAGGAAUCCGCAUUGAAACUAGCCCAAAUGUCUCUGGAAUAG